CGUGAAGUCUCAAUCUCAGCGACUUAGUUUCGCUUUCUGCCCCGACUUGUGACCACUUGGAAAGAAACACCAUGCGGAAUCGCUUCAGUUGCUCCCUAAAUUUGCCAUGUUCGCCGGUAGAAAUAAUGGUCGGCCGCGCCGUUGCAUUUUCUAUAUCUUAGCCUUUCUGUUCUCGCAAUUUCUAUUCAUUCUCAUAUUUCUUCGCAGUGAAAGCUUCGAUAAUGUGCCAUUCCGCCAACAAAUAAAACAUGAUAACGACAGUUGGGAUCACUAUCUGGACUGGCGUGAGUUUAUUUCUUAUACAUCAGAAAGGUCUGCGAAGUUUUACUUAUACAAUCUUAACCUGAGUAACACUUUGGGAGUAAUACGUAAAUUGCCCUCAACAAGGCAUUACAGCUGUGGCUACCGCCCCCGUAAGCUUCCGCCGCCUUCGAAAGCCAAUGUGAGUGUGGUGAUCAGUUUUCACAACGAGGCGCGUUCCAUGCUGCUGAGGACGAUUGUGUCCCUGCUGGCUCGCACCCCCGAGGACCAUCUGCACGAGCUAAUCCUGGUGGACGACGGCAGUCAGGAUGUGACCCUGCUUAAUGACCUUAGGCGUUGGAUGGGCGGCGUUUUCGGGGCGAGGCAUCGCCUGGGGCUGCAGUUCCUCGCAAACCGGGAGCGGAUGGGUCUGAUUUGGUCGCGCAACAGGGGCGCUUCGCUGGCCAGCGGACACUAUGUGCUCUUUCUGGACAGCCACUGCGAGGUGAACGAGGGCUGGCUGGAGCCCCUGCUGGAAAGACUCGCGCUGAAUCCCCAACUGGCUGUAAGUCCAGUUCUGGACCCCAUUGACCCCCUAACUUUGGCUUACCGGAAGGGCAAUGAGCUGCUAAAAGGGGGCUUCGAUUGGUCCCUGCACUUCCACUGGCUGAGGCGACAGCUGGCCGAAAAGGAGCUGCCCGAGAUGCCGUUCAAGAGUCCUGCCUUUGCCGGCGGCAUCCUGAUGAUGUCACGCGAAUGGUUCCUUAAGCUCGGUGGCUUCAACUCCUAUCUGAAGAUCUGGGGCGGUGAGUCCAUCGAGCUGGCCACUAAAUUGUGGCUUUGCGGCGGACAAAUUGAGAUCGUGCCCUGCAGUCGAAUCGGACACAUCUUUCGCCGACGGCAUGCCUUCGACUUUCCCCCGCAAUCCGACGCCCAGGAAACCUAUCUGCACAACUCCAAAAUCAUAGCCGAGUCCUGGCUGGACAAAUAUAAAAAUAUGUUCUAUGCACUGAGGCCGGCGGCCAGACGAAUUCCAUUGGAUCACACCGCCGACGAAAUGCAGCAGUUGAGCAGGCAGCUCCAGUGCCAACCGUUCGAAUGGUAUCUGAGGCAUGUCAGUCCCGAACUAAGGAUGCAGUUUGAGGAGUUGGCUGCCACGGGAUCGCUGCGGAAUGGGGAUCGCUGUCUGCAUGCCAGACAAAAGGACGCCCAGUUGAUCCUGGCCAGCUGCCACCUCGGCGAUGUGACCCAGUGGAGCAUGUUGCGCAGCAGUGGACAACUGAGCACCCAGCGGGAACUCUGCCUGGGCGUGGCAUCCACGAAGCGGAUAACCCUGGAGCCGUGUGGCAGGAAUGAGACCACGAGGACGACCCAGCGAUGGUUACGCCUCAGCACCCAUCUUCUCCAUGCCGGAACACUCCUGUGCCUGGAUAACCCGCUCACGGACCGACUGGAGCUGAGCGUUUGCCGUCCACAUGCCCCCUCGCAGUCGUUUCAAUUUGCAUUGGAAAUGGAGACACACACAUAAACUUGGCUAAUGAUACCACAUAGUUGAUACUUGAUAUCUGAUACCAGAUACCCGAAUUGAUAUCGAAACUGAGCCUCUUAGUUUCUGGAGUUCUGGUUUUGGUUUUGGCUUUAACUUUGGUUUUGGCUGUGGCUGUGUGGUAAAGGUAAAUCCCUGGGCAUGCAGGUAAAUCAAAAUGCUGACAUGUUGUGCUAAUCUCUGUGAAACAUUUCCGCUGCCGGAGCAGCCGGGCCGUAGAUUACAGGGGAAGCAGUAAAUUAUGGCGCCAUAGACAUAUACGGAAAGGUGCGCCGCGCCCAACUCCAAUGUUUCCCGGUUUUUGCUGUUUUGCAGCCUUUGUUGCGGACUUGGAUGACUAUCAAGACUCGCAGCGCUUCCUGUCGCAUCCGUCACACGGGAAGGGACACAAUAAGGGGGGGCGUGGCAAGUAUAAAAGCCAACGACGCCGCCUUGUUUAGGAGUCACUGUCAUCAGUCAGCGAACAAAAGCUGCGAGCUGCGAGCUGCAAGGAGUCGCAAAUGUAAUUGAGUUGAUGACAAUGCCACUGACUGCCCGGCUCGCGCUUCCGGCAAUUUGAUGGCCUCCGGAUGCCGGUCGACAAAAAGCGGCGACUCCGGAAACAAGAGCAAAUAAAACAGAAACAGUAGCAGUGGCAGUGGCAGUACCAACAAUGCCAACACAAAACAGAAGUUCAUGGUGUGUCUGGAUCUGGAUCUGAAUCUGGAUGUGGAUGUGGAAGCCCCCCCCCAUCCACAACCAAGUUGCAAAGUGCAGUGGCAACUUAAGAUUUGUUUUGUUUCACCAUUCUUGCGGUAAUAAAGCGUAAAAGUUAAUUUCGUAUCUCAACAAUGGCAACAAGUGUGUCCACAGGGCACUGACAACUCAGCCAGUGCAAUAUUUUGCUCACAAUAGCAGCAGCUGCGCCAGCUGCGCGUAAAAAUCGCAUUUUUCACGGAACUUAAUAAAAACAAAAAGCCUUCGGUGGCCGUUUGGGAAAGUCUAACAAGUUGCAGUGGUUGGGUUUGCCUCUUCUGGUUUCCGCAAACUUAUUGUCCUGCACCUGGAAUGCAGGUAACAACAAUAAAACGUGUCUCGUUUGUCCUGUCCAGGUAAAAUAGCUGGACCACUUAAAGGGGUCACUUCUUGAGGUGGAUUUGCCCCAAUUUGUAUUGCCUCUGAAAGGCUGGAUGGUUUUCUAAAAAGCUGCUUUAUCAUCGUGGACCCCAGCGAACUGGAAACUGAGCCCAAGGACGAACCUUAAUUAUGAGCGCUACCAUCAGCCAUCCAUGCAAAACUUGAUUAUUCAUUUGAAGACUCGUUUUAUUAUCUGCAUAAAUCUUUGCCGAACGAGACCAA